AUGUAUUCGGCUUUCAAUGGCCGGAUUAGUGACACAGUAAGUUAGUUUAAUGAUGCUUAUUACGAACGGAAAAAAUAUAUUGGGGGGGGGAGGGUGGUUUAAAAAUUUUUUAGUUUUUUGCUACAGUAAUCAUUUAAAAAUAUUUCAGAAUGAAAAAGAGCCGGUUGAAGUUGAAUUUAUUGGGAAGUUUAACAAACUUCAAGAUGAUUGUACGAUGCUAAACCAGAUGAUUGAGCAAAUGCUAUUGACAAGUGGAAUUUGUAAGAGAUAUACUGGAGAGCCAGCUUACUGUUCUUUUGGCCCUAAUACUACAAUAUCUAAGAGUACCACAGUAAAUCAAAAUACGGGUCAUCAAAGAGAGACAGGACUGCAAAAUCUUGCUGCAAGCUGUCAUGGCACUGAUGAUACUGUGACUCGUGGUGCUGUUGGUAGUAAAAUUAAUAGUAGUACUAAUCUUCGUGAUACUGUUAAUACUAAAACUAGUAUUUAUGAUAAUAUGGAAAACGUAAAAAACGGCGAAAAAUUAUUCAUCUCUACUAGUGAUAAUACUGUAACACAAUAUGAAGAUACCAAUACUACUAAAGAACCGUCCCAAAGCUCUACUACAAAACCUACGUCAAUACCACAGUACCAAAACACAAUACGACGUCUAUCUUCUCAAACCAAGGACACCUUGAGACCAAUUUCAACCAAACGUCAACGCCCAACCUCAGGUUACGGAAACAGAAUACGAAGCUAUAAUGCCUAUGUUAAUCAACGUAUUCGACCAGGUUCAUCUCUACGCAGAUCUACAACAUCAUUCCGUGGUCGAGUGCUGUCAGCGCCUUCUAGAAUGCCACCAUAUCGAUGGCUACCUAAAGUUACUGUACCUGUACCUUUUAAAAUGACCUUGAGGUCGGUUUAAAAGAAAUUAUAGAUUUUAAACAUAGCUGAACUCCUAUAUAACAACAGUCUUGUAUAACGAAGAAUUUCUUUAGCGGUUCGCCAUAAAAAAGUCUUACCGUAGUAAAAAAUUAAAAAAUGUUGUAAAAAUUAAAAAGAUAAGGUAAAAUACGUCUGCUGUCUCUUUUAUACAAUGAUUUAAACUUUUUAGAGAUCAAAAUCGACCAAAAUCAACCUAUUCCAAGAGGUUUAUCGAGCAAAUGUUAAGAGAAGAACGACAAAAAGAACUUUUGGAAAUAAAAGAACGACAGAAACAGUAAGACAAGUUUUAUCUUCGUUUUAUUUUUGUAAAAUACGAUGCGUGUCUAUGCGACAAAACAAAUAAAUUAAAGCUUCGUUUCAAAUUUACAAAAAGCUAGUUAUUUUUAAAAAUUUUUGACUAAAAUCAUAUUUUCUUUACCUAAUUGUCAGUAGAAAGUUUUAGUUUUGUUUAUAUUACCCAUGUUCAUUACAACAGAACAUUAGUCUAAAAGAAAACUAUAGUUUUUUAUUUUCAGGUUCAAAGCACGACCAGUACCAUCUACGACUUAUGCUUCCAACAACUCAUUUUAUAUUGGAGUAAGUUUUUAAUUGGGUCAGAACUAGAGGGCUAGAGAACUAGAGGGCUAGAGGGCUAGAAGGCUAUAGGGCUAGACAACUAGAGGGCUAAAAAAGAUGGCUGGGCUAGGGCUUUCUUUCAAAAUUUAAAACAAUAUUGCAGAAGCUCCGCCGUUCCAAAUCCGCCCACCCCUCAACUCGUCGUAAACCUUCACUAACUCAACACAAAGUAAUAAAAGCCCGUCCACCGCCAUUAUCAACUUACAUUCCACCAAAACUAAAACAACCAAACAAAGAAAAGACCAUUCAAAGAGCAAUCACAACAUUGACAAAAGCCCACGAACCUGGCCACAUGGCUGAACACUCGAUCAAAUGGAAAGUUCAACAACGUCUUCGUCAUGUACCUCAAUGUUAUGUUUCUAAAGAGCUCGUACCAAGAGUACGAUCCUCUUCUGUUCCUGAUUUUAGAAAACUUCAUCUUGAUUUUGAGCUACAGCUAGAUGAGGUUAGAAGAUCACGGCCGAUCACUCUUACGGAACCUUUCAAGUUCCAGACUGAUUACAAUCGACAUUAUUGUGCGGUAAGUGGUUUAAUAGGUAGUGUUUUAUUAUAAAAACAAUCGAAAAAUAAAAAGUUUUUCUAGAAAUAUAGUGUUAGAAGAAGAGUUAACUCAAAAAAGGGAAGACAUGACUCAAACAAACAAAAACUUAAAUCAGCAAAGGAGAGACUUGACUUUCAAAAAGGAAGGUUUAGGCUAGUGAUAAGGCUAGAACUAAGGCUAGGGCUAGAGAUAGGGCUAAAGCUAGAAAUAAAGCUAAGGCUAGGGCUAGUGCUUGGGGUAUUGCUAGAACCAGGGCUAGAGCUAAGAAAAAAAACGGAAAACAUGGUUAGGUAAGGGAAUACUUAACCCAAAAAAAGGAAAGACUGAAGUCAGAAAAGGGAAGACUUGACUCAGAUAAGAAAAGAAUUAACUCAGAAAAAAAAGAAAACUUGACCCAGAACAAGAAAGAACUAACUCAUAAAAGGGAAAGAAGAAGGGUUGAUUCAGGAAAGAAGAGACCAAACCAGAAAAGGGAAGAAAUGACUCGCAAAAAACAGACUUGACUCAAAAAAAAAUUUUUUUUUAGUUUUUUUAAUAAAACUAUUUUUAGAACUGGACCUUCCCCAACGAACAAGAGCUCAUCAAAACUAAACACAUGGAUUUUGUAUAG